UUGACAAAUAAAAAUAUUGAAACUCCGUUAUGGCUGAAGAAAAAGGAGAACCAGGAGAGGAUGAAGAUACAAUUGGAAUUUACGUAGGCGGUCGAAACAACGAAGGCGAGAGACACGGCGAGGGCUGGGCUGUGCUUCCCAAUGGCGAUUUUUAUCAAGGUUGCUAUUGUCGUGGUCUUAGAAAUGGAAAAGGUUUAUACGUGUUUAAAAAUGGAGCACGCUAUGAAGGAGAAUGGAGACGCGCCAUGAAAUAUGGUGUUGGAACCAUGUUGUAUCCAGACGGUUCUCGAUAUGAAGGCGACUGGCGCCACGAUCUGAAGCAGGGUUUCGGCGCUUAUUACUACCCAAACGGCGACAUCUACGAGGGAGCCUGGUUCAAAGGCAGACGCCAUGGAUUAGGAACGUACUUCUACGCAGAGUACCAGAUCAAGUUCAUGGGGACGUGGGUAGAGGGUAUUAUUCAAGGGCCAGGGCAAAUCAUUUACCCUCGAGUUCGCUAUCACGGCUCAUGGCUGAAGGGUGUUCCAAAGGGGCCUGGGUGUUUUGUCUUCGAUACGAAUUGCAUGCAGCACGGAUUCUACUUGUUGAUAAAAGAUCCAGCUUUAGAAGAAUUUGGGGAAGGCGAGGAGGAGAAAGAAGAAAAAGAGAUUAAGGAGGAAAGAGCGGAGGAAGAAGAAGAGGCAGAAUUUGAUGAGACUUUGGGCAAGGUAGCAGUAUGGCGCGCGCGCAACGUCACGGCAUACAUGGCGGAGUUCCUCCCGCCUGAGCCCGUUCCGUUGCCAGUUCACGAUUCAGUGCCUUCCCUAACGGACGAGAGCAUCGAGACAGACAUUAUCCGCUUUGACCUGCCCUCCGUCACUGGCGAAGAGGAGGGCGGAGACGACAACGAUUCUUGGCUCAUGCACAGACAGAAGUUCCUUGAGGAGACCGAGCAGAAGGAAUAGUGC